CCCUCUCAAGACCCACGAGAGCUCAAAACGCACCACAAAAAAAAGAAGUGACCGUGCACACGCCCACGCUUCACAGGCGCACACACAUCACGUAGGCACACAAAAGCUAGCGAUGGCGUCGGUUGGUUUCGGCACCACGGUGGCGCCGGCGGUGGCCGCCGGGAGACGCCUGAGCCACCGUCGGGCGGCGGCGCCGCCGCCGCCGUCCGCACGCGUGGCGCGGCCGUCGGCGACGAAGAGCGUCACGGCGGCGGCGGCGACGGAGGAGAAGGGCCUCUUCGACGCCAUCUUCGGCGCGCUGUACAAGGAGGAGCAGCUGCUGGAGACCGACCCCAUCCUCAACAAGGUCGAGGAGAAGGCCCCCGCCGCCGCGUCCAGGGCCACCAAGGCCAGCGGCGCUCCGGCCAAGAAGGCGGCCGGCGACGGCGACGGCGACGGCGGGUUCAGCUUUGGCGGGCUCUUCUCCAAGAAAGAGUAGACGCCGAACUCAUAUCUGCUACUGUCUGAAGAAGAAAGCUCCAUGACUUGAUUCUGAUAAUCUGAUUUAAGGGCUCGCAAACAUACAUACCACUUUGUUGAUUCUGAUCCAUGAUGCGAUUACUUCUCUACUUCUCAUGUGAUAUGUUUCAUCAAUCAAAGAGUAGUACAGUAUUUAUUUCGAUCU